UUCUUUCUCUUCACAGAAUGGAAGGGGCUGUAGGGUACUAAGGAACGACAAGGGGAAGAUACACAUCAUGAAGGCUUUACAGUUUCUAACGUUUGUAUGGAUUUGUGACUGUGUUCUUCUUCAAGGUUCUGAGCCCAGUGAAAAGAGCAUCCUGUUUUCAUCGCCAUCAGCCUCCACAGGUAUCUCUGUAUCAAUGAAUUCCACAAUAAGACCACUGAAUGUAAACACAGAUAUAUUUCUCAGUCCUUCUACCCCUACAGAAGACAAAUCACAAGCACUAACAAUGGCAGUAUUUGGUGUUAUUAGCUUCAUUGUCAUUCUGGUGCUGGUUGUUAUCAUCCUAGUCAGCGUGGUCAGCCUAAGAUUCAAGUGUCGCCAUUGCAAAGAUGCUGAAGAUAAACAGAAACCUCAACAUCCAUUGGUGUCUUACAGCUGCUCUGAUGCUGAUGCUUCAGCUGACAAGAACAUUGUCACACUAGUCUCCAUGAAGAACUUCAACACAAACAAUAGCAAGGGUAUGAUGAAGACAGCGGUUACACAUGAGGAACAAUGAAGAAACAUGAAAUAAUGUGCAUGUUUUUUAGGUCAUAGAACGAUACUGUAAUGUAUUUCAUUGAGAAAAGAUUGAUGUUUCCAUCUAGGAUAGAAACACAUGAAGCUGCCUUAUACUGAGUCAGACCCAUGGUCCACCUAGCCCAGAAUUAUUAUUAUUUUUUAAAUGUAUUUUUAUUGAAUUUUUAUUAUAAACAUACAAAACCACAAACGUCUCCAAUUACAUCUUGCCCAGUAUUGUCUACUCUGAAUUAGUAGCAGCGCUCCAGGAUCUUGUGGAGAAGUUCUUUCCCACUAUGUAAUCAUUUAACUGAAGAUACCAGGGACUGAAUAUGGGACCUCCCAAUUGCAAAAACGUGCUCUGCUGAGGUAUGUCUCCUUCCAGUUAUGGUCAAUUGGCCAACGAAAUGAUUAUCUUUUUCUGGAAAGAAAUACACAUAGCAGGUUUUUAUUUAAAUUCACCAAUAUCUGAGGCAAUCAUGAUCUAGCCAGUGAAUCAAGCACUGCGUUCUUACUUGAAGUGUCAAACUGGAUCUUACCUUCAACACAUAGAUGAAUCCUGUGCUCAGAAGGCCCUAUGUCUUUUUGGAGGGUGUUUGUUUCUUUUAAACAAAAGCAACACGGCCCUUUAUUUGGAUUGAUACCAUGAUGUGUGAAAGGGCAAGGAGCAAGGUUAACCUAUUUUCCCCACUGAAAGGCUCUCAAGCUGCUAUAACAGCUUCAGAGGGUAAUCGUUAACAGGAAAAUGGUUCCGGAAGAAAGAGUUAAUCCCCUUUCUGGUCUUGGAAAACCCUCCCCACCACAUGGAGCUGCUUUUGGGUAAAAGGCAGGGGAAAAUGUAGGGAAUGCGAAGCACAGGACUAACCCACAUGCUUUGUGUCUUGUUUGACCCGAAGUUCACUUUAUUGUAGUAGGUCUUCAUUUGCUAGAGAGCUUAUCUCAAAAUGUUUUCCUCUGAAAUUCGUUUAGGAGCUGCAAAUGGUUUUAAAUGCUGUUGUUUUUUUCUAACUGCCACAAUUAUAUUUUUUGUUUUGUUACAUGUCUGAUUGUAUUUCUGAUAUCUUUUAAAUGAAAGGUAGUAUAUAAACUUUAAAUACACAAUUCCCUUUUCUUUUCAACACAGAACGUCUAAAGGGAGGGAAAGAAGUAACACGGGAGUCCUUUUGAAGCAUGGGCUUCUCCUUCCUGGUGAACUCCCUCUUUUUGUUUACCUACACACAGUACUUUUUUCCUUGCAACCCCAGUUGCAGAAGUAGAGUUGAAGUUUGUGGUGGAUGCUUGUACCUGAAGUUCUGGGCAAGUUUCUGUAAAAGUGAUCUGAGAAGUAC